AUGGCGGCCGAGUCAGCCCCGGACGACCAACACGACAAGGCGUGGAAGAAGGCAGAGAAGAAAUUCGCCCACAAAACGGCCAGCGAAUAUUUCGACCCAUGUCAAGACUUCGCUGAUCGAAGUCUCAAGUGUAUGAAACGCAAUGGCUUCGAUCGAGAAAUGUGCCAUGACUACUUCCAAGCUAUUCCCAGGGCAUAUCGUGAUUGCAAGAAAAACUGGGUAAGUCAAAGUUACUUUCUCUUUUCUAACAGAUGUGCAUCCUUGAUAUUUCCGGGCGUGCUGCUGACA